GUACCGAGUAGUCGCAGUAGUACCUUUCGUCGUGGCGUUAUGCUCCACAUCUCUUUGUGUUCCCAUUUGCUGCUUACGUUGAAAGGACAUUUUUCUGUUGAAAGUAUCUUGAUUUACAUACAAAACCUCCACUGCGCUUUUUGCUCUUGUUUGACACCUUGUCUGGAUCUCGCCACCGCGUCGAAGGGUGCUGAGGGCAAACGCGCUUGUACAACACAUUUCGUGCGGCGGAUGGCUCGGCGCUGCAGACGUGGCACGGCUGUUUUCCCCUCUGUGUUCGAAGAUAUUUGUUAACCAGCUUCUUGUAAGGAAAGAAAAGAGGAAGGAAUUAAGCUGGACAGGACACGUGCGGAUAGGUCCAGGUUCAUAUCUGCGAAGUACAAGAAAGAAUAGCGAGGAUGAGCGUGAACGAAGCCCCUCGACUGACCAUGCGUGUCGUGGUGCUUUUCAUGAUGGUCGUGUUCUUCUUCUGCCUCCUGGCUGACCAACUGCAGUGCAGCAAGAACGGGCGACAAAGGUUCUGUACCGGGCGCGCCCCGUACCAUUGCCGUUACGACCACUGCCGUGAAGAGAUCGUUCUGCCUUUCUCGGCAUCACGGGAUUCCACGUGCAUGUUCAAGGGAACGACGGAGAUCUUGCUUGCCUUGAUCGAGGUGGGGCCGUCGCUUGUCUCUGAGCGCGGCAGCACCAUCAGCGCCUACAUGGCCGAGGAACUACGCGGGCGUAUCAACGCAAGUUCUUUCCCUCGUCCUGUGAAGAACGGAAAUGCCGGCCGUAAGGCUCGAUCUUAUUGGAACUCCAUUUACGUCUCUCCGGUGGACGAGUACUACAGACUCUCACGUAAACUCGAGGAGACUUGGAGGACGCCUGGCUACGCGACUCGGUUCACCGUGUCGAACGACGUCAUCCCACUUCCGCUCUAUCAACACGGCAGCCCGCUGGCGUACACCCUGUGGACGGACGCCGUCGAGGCGGUCCUGCCGACCAGCAGCAGAGACGAUCCAACUCAGCUGAAAAGGCACUUUCCGAACUUAUACGUCGCCUUCGAUGCGGCGGUGGCGCGGCGGAAGAGGAGUACCACGGAAAACGCGGCGUGCGACAGCAUCAACAUCAUCGUCUACAUUCUCGUGUCACCGCUGGCCAGCGUGAGGGAGGUGUGGGAACUCCCCGAAUCCGCAAAACAGGCUUUCUCAGAGGCGUACCGCUGCGUUGCGGGGGCGGUGACGCGCUACCUCUCCACCAACAAGCGUCUUUUUAAGUACCUCAGCGGGGUAAAAUACGUCUACUUUUUUGUGCCACCGCCGUCUCGGCAGUUUAUCCAGGGUGUACUACCAAAAGAAACGAAAUUUUCCCCCACGGAUGCUGUGGGAGUUUCCUCCGAAGCACCAAAACAGCUUCUCACGGCGGACAACGCGCUGGUGAUGGCCGUCGCCGAUGUACCUGCCUCCCUUGCCUUCUGCAACGCAUCAACGAGUGCGGCACACACGACGCAGUGCACGCAGGGGUGCCGAAACUACGACGUGCUGAACUCUCGUGCCGCCGCCGUGUCCGCUAGCUUUUCGGAUACGAUUCGUGAGACGACGGAGACGUACUCCAGCUUUUAUGCUGCGUCGUCGUUGUAUCACAACUGUUACUUUGACGUCUUGAGUGGCGGAGAACCGCCAAUGGGAAACGGAACUUUUGGCGCUGGUGCCGAGGCAAUUAUGUUCGACGACUGCUUGCACCUCUCGCCUGAUGGCGGGAAGGCGUUUGCGACGUGUCUGUUGAACACGACAGCGAUUGUAAGGCAACGAUAG